AAUCUGUGCCAUAAUGGAGGUGUGUGUGAACCUGUCAAUAGCUUUGUUGGAUAUUUAUGCAAAUGUACCCCUGGCUUCAGUGGUGUCCAUUGUCAAGACAAUAUUAAUGAAUGUGAGGAAAACCCAUGCAAAAAUGGAGGCAUUUGCACAGACCUGAUAGCAAAUUACUCCUGUGUGUGUCCUACAGAGUUCACAGGGAGGAACUGUCAGUUCAAAUGCUCUGGACCUUUAGGACUGGAAGGUGGAAUCAUUUCUAACCAGCAGAUAACAGGCUCUUCCACACACCGAGCCCUGUUUGGAAUGCAGAAAUGGUAUCCUUACUUUGCACGGCUCAAUAAAAAAGGCCUAGUCAAUGCCUGGAGAGCUGCAGAAAAUGACCGGUGGCCUUGGCUUCAGAUAAAUCUCCUGCAGAGAAUGAGGGUGACUGGGCUGAUAACACAGGGUGCAAAGCGUGUGGGCAGUCCUGAGUAUGUGAAGUCAUACAAAGUGGCCAACAGUGAAGAUGGAAAGACCUGGAACAUGUUUAAAGUCAAGGACACUGAUGAGGACAUGAUUUUUACUGGAAACACAGAUAACAAUACUCCUUAUAAAAAUGACUUCAGCACACCAUUUGAAGCGCAGUAUGUUCGCAUUUACCCUCAAAUCUGCAGGAGUCACUGCACACUUCGUGUGGAGCUACUUGGCUGUGAACUCACAGGAUGCUCAGAACCAUUGGGAAUGAAAACAGGACAAAUCCAGGAUUAUCAAAUCACCUGUUCCAGUGUGUUCCACACACUCAGCAUGAAUAUGUUCUCCUGGGAGCCCAGCAAGGCCAGGCUGGACAAGCAGGGAAAAGUCAAUGCUUGGACAUCUGCUAAAAAUGACCAGUCACAGUGGCUACAGGUGGACUUGCUACUUCCCACCAAAGUUACUGGAAUCAUCACACAAGGAGCCAAAGACUUUGGUCAUGUACAGUUUGUGGGCUCGUACAAGCUGGCAUUUAGUUAUGAUGGAGAAAAGUGGCACAUAUUCCAGGAUAAGAAACAACAAAAAGAUAAGAUCUUUCAAGGUAAUUUUGACAAUGAAACACACAGAAAGAAUGUGAUAGAUCCUCCCAUUUAUACCCGGUUUGUCCGGAUUAUUCCGUGGUCGUGGUAUGGACGCAUCACCAUGAGGGUGGAACUGCUGGGGUGCCCUCACGAGGAGUAAACAGACCAGAUCAUAUCCUUCCUUUAUUAGAGACUGUUGUAACCAUAUAAAAACUAUGUUUAAUGAUAGUGUACUAAACCUCUUUUUCCUAAAUAGGCUUGUUCAUGUGAUAUCUAGCAUGCAUUAUGUAGUCACUUGUAGUGUUUAUUUCUGGUCUCAGUGUUGUUUCUUUUGUCUUGGAUAACAUGAAAGCCCUAGCCAUUUUGUGGUGGGAAUGUCAGAGAACAGAGGUCUGUAAAUACACCUCAAAUGUCUCUUCCUCAUCAGAAGUGGAUGUUCUAAUGGCAUCCAUGCUCUAGAAGGUGACCAAUUUAGAGGGUGAAGAAAAAAACCUUUUAGUGCUUUUUAGUUAAUUAUUAGUUCUUAUGUGGACAGGAUUAGCUGGGUCUUUAAUAAUAUGUUCUGAUUAUUUUACUAAAAGUGAUAGGAAAAAGCUGUAUUUCCCCAAAGCAUUUUAAAAAGUAGCUUCUGCUGCAAUAUCUGCAUUUUUUAAAAUUAAAGAUACUGUAGUUUACUGUGAAUAUGAGGAGGUAGCUUGGUGGCUUUGGAAGACAUAUUCAUGCUUCAUUAUGGUUAUAGCAAUGCUUUUGGAAAACUCAGCUAAACACAUUUAAGUAGCUCAGGCCAAUAAUUCGUUAUAAUAUUACAGAGCAAAUGAGUGUUGUUGGAAUGUUGAUUUAAAUGCCCAUAAAGACUGUUACUUUUACUCAUUACACUUCACAUAAUGUAUACUACUGUAUCUAUCUGGUGUAUAUAGUUCCUCAAAGUUCUAUCAUUUAUUUAGCUGUUGAAUUUUAAAGAAAUGUAUGUAUUACAUUUACUUGACACAACUUGAGCAACUGAGGGUUAAGGGCCUUGCUCAGGGGCCUAAUAGUGGCAACCUGGCAGUGGUGGAGCUUGAACUAGCAGCUUUUUUCUACCAUUCAAGCACCUUAACCACUAGGCUACCACUGUCUCCUUAUGUAUUAAUAAUUUAGUUUAAUUAGACUAAGGCUCUAUAAAUAUAACACGUAAUAUAUAAUACAAAUAUAGUCUUUUGCAGUCAUUGUUAUAGAAAGGCAGCAGGAUUACUUCAAUGAUUUACUACGUUUGUACAAAUAACCUCAAGGUUAUUUGCUAUUUUUGCUAUUUUUGCUAUUUUAUUUGUACAUCAUCAUUUGUACAAUCAUAAAAAGUCAGAUUUUCUACAAAUGUGUCUGUACAAUUCUUCUCUAGGCUAAGGUGAGGGCUAGUGCAUCAAAUAAAUUAAAUAUGAUGUCGACAAGAACCUUGUGCAGUACAAUGUAACUGUAUUACAUUGUAAAUGAUUACUUUGGCAAAUAAAAAAAUCAUGAAAUUGC